AUGGCUAUAGCAUGGGUGGAAGCUCUGGUGACGCGAUUGAAUUUCCUUGUGUUCCGGAUAGUGCCGCUUGUCAGCUUAGGCAUGUAUCUCAUCCUCGCCAUCUUCUCCGACAGCCGCCGGCGUGAAGACAAAGGUUGGAACUGGAAGAGAUCUUGGAAGAGAGUGUUAGUGUGGGUGGCGUACCAGCUGACUGACUGGGGCCCGGCAUAUGUCAUCGGCCACCUGUACCUUGAAACCGAGCCGCACGACAAGAUAACCGUCGCAUUCUGGGUGCCAUUCCUCCUGAUGCACCAUGCUCGGUCGGACAACAUCAGCGCCUACGCAACAGAGGACAUUAAGCUCUGGGAGCGCCUAAUCGUGAUAGAGAUCCCCUUAUCUUUGGGAUCCUGCUUCAUUGUGUGUAGGUAUAUACUUACUGAAUGUUCUGCUGACUGGUUUUUGCGCUGGGCGGCUGGCAUCAUGUUAGCCCUGGGCCUUUUGAAGCAUCUGGAGGGUAUGCUGGCACUAUGGCGAAGCGACUUGGGCCACAUCCGGAAGAGCGGGUUAUCCAACAAGCAGACGAUCAAACUUGAUGAUUAUAGAGAUCAACGGAAGCUGAACCUGGAAGAUGAGGAAGCCCUGCUGAUUGCUCAUGACCUGUUCGAGAUCUGCAAGGGAGCCUUCUGUGAUUAUAAGGCAAAAAUGGGUGAUAGGGAUGAUAAAAAAAUGGAUCAUGACGCCAUCAGAAGCAUGUUCACUGAUAGAUGGGAGAGUAUGUGCAAGGUAGUGGAGAUGGAACUCUCCCUUAUGUAUGAUAUCCUCUACACCAAGGCAUCCGUAGUCCACACCUGCCAUGGCUAUUGCAUCCGUGUGGCCUCACCGCCCCUCACCGCCACUGCGCUGCUGCUGUUUUUUCUCCACUGCAAAAAGGGCAUGGAGCCAAUAGAUAAAGAUGUCAGUUACAUAUUGCUGUGGACGACCCUCUUCCUCGACUUGAGAUGGCUGUUCGGAGCACUAGCAUCAGCAUGGACAUAUUCAUACUUCAAACGCCUGCCACACAAUUGGUUGAAGCAUGAAUUAUGUUGCCGGGGAGGAUGGAAGAAGCUCCGUUACUGGGGUGUGUCUCAGUUUCUCUCCCGGUUCUCCUUGUGGUUGUGGACAUGCGCAUGUCCCAAGGAUCCCAACAAAAGCUAUAGAAGGUGGGCGGGCACCUUCGGGCAGCGCAACUUGUUGGACCAGUGCACCGCAGGAAACAGGCACAGCCUAUACAGCGUAUCCAGACUGGAGAUUGAAUCGGAAGACCACUCCAGAGACUCUGAGAUUCCAUACCUUGUCAAGAAGCUGGUGUUCAAGGUUCUAUGUGCAGAUUUAUUCCCUCCUCCCCAGAAACCGACUGGCACCGGCUGCAAAGAUAAGGAAGAACCAGAGAAGGUUCCCCCUGUGGGAGGAAUUAACCGAACAAGCCCUCCGUUGCUGCCCUGCCCCAGGGAGUGGAUCUGCAGUGGUAUGGACAAUGUACCUCCUGCAUGGGCGCACCAUUGCCCUUGCGAGGAAGCCGCAAUGACCUCAUCCGGUCCCUAUGAGCAACAAACUGAUGAUUGCUGGAGGUAUGAUCAAGCCCCGCCUGAAACCUAUGAGCAAGCUUGUCUCUGGAGAAAUGUCCACGUCGGUUCCAUUCAUGACCAGUCCACGCUCAAGCUCAACAACCCCAACAAUCAAGCUGCUCCCCCCAAGUCCACGGAUUUCCCUCCUGAGCUUCAAGACGCCGUCCUCAUAUGGCACAUCGCCACGGAUGUUUUCCUCUCAAGUAACCACACCGCAGCGCUCCAAGAUGAUGGGAAGGCAAUCAAGGCGAUAUCAGAUUACAUGGUGUUCCUCCUCUCCAAACGCCCCAGCAUGCUGCCGGGCCUCAAGCUCCGCAGCCUGUACGAGAAUGCCCGCACUACUCUGAAGGAGAUAGGGAAAGUUAAAGAGAAGGAUAAUCCCAGUAGUUAUACAACAAAACAAGAGAAGGCUAAUGAGCUUGCUAAGUGGAUGCUGAAAAAUGUGCAUCAUCUCAAGGACCCAACUUCUGCUAUCAGGAAAGAAUUAAGGAAGGAUCGUCUCGAGGGCCUUGAUACUCUGUUGGAAGGAACUCAUUUCGCUCGGGUCCUGCUACGCCAAAUACCUGAUUGGAGGGAUACUGACGUGGAAAAAAGUAUGCGUAAACUUGCGUGCUGGAUUCCACGUCUGCAGGAACUUCAGUAUAUGGAUGAUUCUCGCAUGUUAAAUUUCAUCCUAGAAGAGUGGGUGCAUCUGCUCAUGUACGCGUCCAUCCGGGCUAGCAGGGAGGCCCAUGCCGAGCAGCUCAGCUGUGGCGGCGAGCUCACGACCCUCGUGUGGAUCAUCACGGAGCACGCGGAAGACACGUUUGUCAGAUCCAAGUGCCCAUCGCUUUUCCUUUAA